AUGGGCUGGUUCACACGCGCUGAGCCCGAGAAGCCCAAUGCCGCCUCGCGCGACGACCGCAAAAAAUGCUGGGAGUCAAGAGACCUCUAUUUCUCCUGCUUGGACGCGGCGCAGGUGGUCGUCCCUGGCAGCGAAGGCGACAGAUGCAACGCGCAGAAUCAGGCUUUCCAACAGAACUGCGCGAAGAGCUGGGUGGAUUACUUUAACAAGCGUCGGGUCCUCGCCGAGCAGCAGAAACCCAUCCUCGCGCAGGCGAAUAUGCAGGCCGAGGAGGCCAAGCGGAAGGCUUCUUGA